UUAAUGUAUUUUAUAUAAAUAUUUUUAUGAUAGUAUAGUAAGAUUUGAUAAAGUUGUUCCUCCUGGUUGACACCCUCCUCCUCCUCCUCCUCCUCCUCCCUCCCAUGCCAGGAUGUGUUGCACGAGGCUAUGUUGUUGUGUGCUUUGAAAUAUGUCCUCAGUCAGUGAAGUGGAAACCUUCCAAGAUUUGGAUGCACACUUGAGAAACAAGGCUGAUGUCUUACAGGUGUGUGUGACCCUGCGUGUUGGUUGGGGUUCAGACACGGUGGAGGAAGUGGAGCAGGUGGCUAAGGAGCUGAAGACAAUGAAGCAGGACAUUUCAGGUUACCGCAGCAGUCUCAGCUCUGCCCGUGAAGAAUUAACAACUGCCUUUGCCCUCCUGAAGAAGAUGCAAGAGCUCUCUCUCCGCCUCAAGCACCUGAAGGAGUACCUCCCACAGCACAUGCCCCAGCCUGCAGUGCAACAGAAGUCCCAUUCCAUGAAACCCCCAAGUGUGGAAAGUGAAGACCAGACUCCUACUGUUCAGCCAAAGGAAACCCCAAGACCUACAGGACGGAAGGCCCCCAAACAGAUCUCUAAGGUGGAAUUCAUCACAAUGGUGGAGUUUGAGUCUAUUCCCAAAUACAUUCGAGGUCGCCUGCAAUAUGCCCAGGUGAAUGCUGCUGUGGUGGAAAUAAAUAAGACACUACAGACCAAGUAUAAUCUGUUGUCACGACCUCGUGCCAAACUGUCUGAGCUGAACAUGAAGAUUGUUGGAGAGUGUCAGCGACAGGAGAAUAAGGAGACUAAAGGAUUGCAUUUUGUGGUAGAUAGUGACAUAAAGCGGUGGAGCUCGCUAAAGAUGGACACCGCUGGGAAGUCUUUGCUCACUAUGCUAAGGAUGCUGAAGAGGCUGAGAGAGGUGCGGGGACCUGGCAAUCUGGUGCGUUAUGCUGUCCUCACCUGAAAAACAUUUGUCAAUGUGCGUUUGUGUUUCUCAUGAAUAAAGAAUUCCUGUGUAUUCAUCA